AUCACUCCCUACGCGAUAACUUACUCCCCCUACACCGACUCCGGCGCCUGCAAAGAUUACGACGCGGUCGAACUCGACAUCGCAGCCAUCGCGAGAAAGAAUAUCGGGACCGUGAGGAUUUAUUCGACGGAUUGUAAUGGGUUGGUGAAUGUUGGGACUGCGGCGAAGAAGUGGGGAAUGGGAAUUAUUGCGGGAAUUUGGAUUUCGAGCGCUGGGGUGGACUCGGCUGAUACGGAUGUUGAUGCCUUUGUUGCCUGGGGAAGGGAGGACGGUAACUUCGAUCUCAUUGAUAUGUUGAUCGUCGGCAACGAAGCCGUCCUGAACGGCUGGGUCACCGCUUCCGACCUCAUCAACAAAGUAACCUCCGUCCGCGCCACCGUCCGCGACGCCGGCUUUACCGGUCGCAUCACGACUGCCGAAACCUCCGGCACAUUCAUCGCAAACCCCGCCCUCUGCACGUCCUCCUCCCUCGACGUCGUCGCCAUCAACGCACACUCCUACUUUGACAUUUACUCCACCCCCGCCACUGCCGGCAUCUUCGUGUUGAGCCAAAUCAGUAUUACCGAGGCGGCGUGUGGGGGAAAGAGCGUGGUUGUUACUGAGACGGGGUUUCCGCAUACUGGAAACACGAAUGGGGGAAAUGUGCCGAGUGUUGCGAAUCAGAAGAUUGCGGUGAAUGCGAUCUUGAGUGCGACGGAGGGGGACGUGGUAUUGUUUACCACGUAUGAUGAUUACUGGAAGAGUCCGGGACCCUAUAACAUUGAGCAGAGCUGGGGGUUGUUGAGCAACUUG